GAGAAUAAGAAAUUAUUUCCCAUUUCUCUUCUAUCAAAAUCAAGAUGGUAUCAGAGCAAAUUAGCUCCGAUUCUUUCCAUUUUUUCCGAUCCGUUUCUGUCCUUCUCCGGUCUUCCGCUUCAUUUUCCGUUUAAUCUGUUCACCGGAUUCUCUUUCCGAUCAUCUUCUCCGGUGAAUUCCUUCAUCUUUUCCAUCAUUUUCUUCAUUUCCUCUUUGUUUCGUUCGUUCUUUUAUCAUCUUCAUCGAUUUCUUCUUAUCAAUCUCGUUUCAUCGAUUGAUUAAUCAUGUCAAGUACAAGCGACGCAACAAGUGUUACUACUCUCGAUUCAUCAAAUCAUCUAUAUCUUCAUCCGUCGGAUCAUCCUGGAAUGAAUUUAGUUUCAAAAUCUUUUGAUGGAACACGAUUUGGUGCAUGGAAACGUGCGAUGACAAUUGCUCUGUCAGCAAAGAACAAGUUAUCUUUUGUCAAUGGAGUUUCAACCAGACCUAAUGAUCCUUUUCUUGUUCCUCAGUGGCAGAGAUGUAAUGACAUGGUAAUCUCCUGGAUUCUCAAUACUCUGUCUAGAGGCAUAUCUGAUAGUGUUCUUUACACUGAAACUGCAUACAAAUUGUGGAAUGAAUUGAAUGAUAGAUAUGGACAAGUGAAUGGUGCUAAAUUGUACCAGUUACAAAAGAGUAUUUGUGAAAUUUCACAAGGUAGUAAUGAUACAGCUACUUACUUUACCAAAAUCAAAGCUAUUUGGGAUGAAUUAAGUGCUUUGAAUUCUCUUCCUAAUUGGUCAUGUGGAGUUUCUCAUGUUUUUGCCAAAAGAGAUGAGGAUCAACGAUUAGUGCAGUUUCUUACGGGAUUGAAUGCAAGUUAUGAUAGCAUUCAAAGCAACAUUCUCAUGAUGAAACCUCUUCCUUCAAUAAGUGCAGCUUAUGCAAUUCUUAUUCAGGAUGAGAAACAAAGAGAAAUACAUUCUACUAAUAUUUUUGCUCCUGAAUCUUCAUCAAUGAAUGUUACUGCUCAAACUUCUCAAUUUAGAACUGAAAACAAGAAAGUUGUUGUUUGUUCUCACUACAAAAAGUAUGGUCAUACUUCUAAUAAAUGUUACAGACUUGUUGGUUUUCCAAAAGACUUCAAAUUCACAAAGAACAAAAGAUUCUCUGCAAAUAGUGCUUCUCAUGUGACUGAACUAAAGGAACAAGAAUCCAAUGGUUUGACUUCUGAUCAAAUAGGUGAAUUGCUGCAAUUGUUACAAAAAUCGUACAUUGAAAAGGCUGGACAAGAAGAUGCCUUCAAUACUUCUAAAAUCAGUCAUGCCAACUUUGUAGGCCCCCUCAGUGAAGAAGCCACUGGAUCUUGGUGAACUUCUUCAUGGCUUGUAUCUUCUACAUCCUACAUUACCUUGUUUUCCUUUGAAUAAUUCCAUUUCUUUCACACAUUCUUCUUGUAAUUCUGUUGUUAAUAGUACUACAUGGCAUCAAAGACUUGGCCAUUUACCAUUUUAUAAACUCAAACAAUUGCAUUUUCUUUCUGAUA